UAUUUCCGUGUAGCGCUCGGAGGAACUCGGCAGCCACUCGGCCUCCCCCAUCCCCCGGUAACGGUCGCUGGUGAGUUUAAAUGAGCCGGGGCUGGCCGGGCCGGAGCCGCUACGGGGGGGGCCUGAGGCACUGCAGAAAGAGGGCCUGAGCCUCAAGGAUGACGGUGCUGCAGGAACCUGUCCAGGCUGCUAUAUGGCAAGCACUAAACCACUAUGCUUACCGAGACGCAGUUUUCCUCGCAGAGCGACUGUACGCAGAAGUACAUUCAGAAGAAGCCUUGUUUUUAUUGGCAACCUGUUACUACCGCUCAGGAAAGGCAUAUAAAGCAUAUAGACUCUUAAAAGGACACAGUUGUACUACCCCACAGUGUAAAUACCUGCUUGCAAAAUGUUGUGUUGACCUCAGCAAGCUUGCAGAAGGGGAACAAAUCUUAUCUGGUGGAGUGUUUAAUAAGCAAAAAAGCCAUGAAGAUAUUGUCAAUGAGUUUGGUGAUUCAGCCUGCUUUACUCUUUCAUUGUUGGGGCAUGUAUAUUGCAAGACAGAUCGGCUUGCCAAAGGAUCAGAAUGUUACCAAAAGAGCCUUAGUUUAAAUCCUUUUCUCUGGUCUCCCUUUGAAUCAUUAUGUGAAAUAGGUGAAAAGCCAGAUCCUGACCAAACAUUUAAAUUAACAUCUAUACAGAAUUUUAGCAGCUGUUUGCCCAACACUUGUACAACUCUAGUAUCUAACCACAGUUUAUCUCACAGACAGCCUGAGACAGUUCUUACAGAAACACCCCAGGACACAAUUGAAUUAAACAGACUGAACUUAGAAUCUUCCAAUUCAAAGUACUCCUUGAAUACAGAUUCCUCCGUGUCUUACAUUGAUUCAGCUGUAAUUUCACCAGAUAAUGUCCCCCUUGGAACGGGUACUUCCAUAUUGUCUAAACAGGUUCAAAAUAAACCAAAAACUGGUCGAAGUUUAUUAGGAGGACCAACUGCUCUUAGCCCAUUAACCCCGAGUUUUGGGAUUUUGCCAUUAGAAACCCCAAGUCCUGGAGAUGGAUCCUAUUUACAAAACUACACUAACACACCUUCUGUAAUUGACGUGCCAUCCACCGGAGCCCCUACAAAAAAGUCUGUUGCCAGAAUGGGUCAAACUGGAACGAAGUCUGUCUUCUCACAGAGUGGAAAUAGUAGAGAGGUCACUCCAAUUCUUGUCGCACAAACGCAAAGUUCUGGCCCACAAACAAGUACAACACCUCAGGUAUUGAGCCCCACCAUUACAUCUCCCCCAAACGCAUUGCCUCGGAGAAGUUCCCGCCUUUUCACUAGUGACAGCUCUACAACCAAGGAGAAUAGCAAAAAGUUAAAAAUGAAGUUUCCACCUAAAAUCCCAAACAGAAAAACAAAAAGUAAAACUAAUAAAGGAGGAAUAACUCAACCCAGCAUAAAUGACAGUCUGGAAAUUACAAAGUUGGACUCUUCUAUCAUUUCAGAAGGGAAAAUAUCCACAAUCACACCUCAGAUCCAGGCAUUUAACCUACAAAAGGCAGCCGCAGAAGGUUUGAUGAGUCUUCUUCGUGAAAUGGGAAAAGGUUAUUUAGCUUUGUGUUCAUAUAACUGCAAAGAAGCUAUAAAUAUUUUGAGCCACCUACCUUCUCACCACUACAGUACUGGUUGGGUAUUGUGCCAAGUUGGACGGGCUUAUUUUGAACUUUCAGAAUACAUGCAGGCUGAAAGAAUAUUCUCAGAAGUUAGAAGGAUUGAGAAUUACAGAGUUGAAGGUAUGGAGAUCUACUCUACGACACUUUGGCAUCUUCAGAAAGAUGUUGCUCUUUCAGUUCUUUCAAAAGAUUUAACAGACAUGGAUAAGAACUCACCAGAGGCCUGGUGUGCUGCUGGAAAUUGUUUCAGUCUGCAACGGGAACAUGAUAUUGCAAUUAAAUUCUUCCAAAGAGCUAUCCAGGUUGAUCCAAAUUAUGCUUACGCCUAUACUCUAUUAGGACAUGAGUUUGUGUUAACUGAGGAGCUAGACAAAGCCUUAGCAUGUUUUCGAAAUGCUAUAAGAGUAAACCCUAGACAUUAUAAUGCAUGGUAUGGUUUAGGAAUGAUUUAUUAUAAGCAAGAGAAGUUCAGCCUUGCAGAAAUGCACUUCCAAAAAGCACUUGAUAUCAACCCUCAGAGUUCAGUCUUACUUUGCCACAUUGGAGUAGUUCAGCAUGCACUCAAAAAAUCGGAGAAGGCUUUGGAUACCCUAAACAAAGCCAUUGUUAUUGAUCCCAAAAACCCUCUAUGCAAAUUUCACAGAGCCUCAGUUUUAUUUGCAAAUGAAAAAUACAAGUCUGCUUUACAAGAACUUGAAGAACUGAAACAGAUUGUCCCCAAAGAAUCCCUCGUUUACUUCUUAAUAGGAAAGGUUUACAAGAAGUUGGGUCAAACUCACCUUGCCUUGAUGAAUUUCUCUUGGGCUAUGGAUUUAGAUCCUAAAGGAGCUAAUAACCAGAUUAAAGAGGCAAUUGACAAACGCUACCUUCCAGAUGAUGAGGAACCAAUAACCCAAGAGGAACAGAUCAUGGGAACAGAUGAAUCCCAGGAGAGCAGCAUGACAGACGCAGAUGACACCCAGCUUCAUGCAGCUGAAAGUGAUGAAUUUUAAGUUCUGGAAAUGAGACUUUAGUGUUGGAUGUAUGGCAACUGCUGACACGUCUCUUGUCCCUCCAUAUACUGAGUCUUAACUCUCUAGCCGGCAUUGUCAUCGUUCAUCAUCAGACCAAGAGUGUGCCACUUUCAUUGGACCCUGACUACACAGAAUGAAAGGCAGUGCAAUAUUUAGCUGCUAACAAGACUGGCUCUUUUACCAGUAUGAAUGACAAUUUGGGGGGAAGGGUGGGAACUUUUUCUUUUUUUCUUUAGUCUCCCUUAGUUGAGAAGCUAUCAUGGAAGGAAGAGUUAUGUUUUAUCUUGAAGGAACCAUUAGAUAUGGAAAUGGUGAUGAACCAGAACUUCUGGUCAUUUUUCCAAAAUUCUGUUUUUUAUUUGGUUCUGUUCCUGAUAAACAGAGUGACUGACCUUCAUUUUUAGGUUCUUCGAAAAUGGUGUUAGCAAGUGCCAGAUGGAACAAUAAAAGACAUUGCCUAUAACAGAGUAAGUUCAUUGCCAAGGAACAUAACUUACCUUAAGCUUGGAGUGUCUCCUAUAAGCAAAUGUCAUGGGCCUAUUGGGACUCAUAUGUAGGAGUCAAAUAUCCCUCCAUACAGUGUACACUUAUUCUUGGCAAGAAUGCUUUAAUGUCUAACCAAGAAUUCUAAUUUAUUCAUCUUCAAAGUGUUGAUCAUUGUUGUCUUGGUAUUGCAAACUUUUAAAGUUGGUCUUAAGAUAUUGCCUCUUCUCUUUGAGCUCUGUGGGAUCGCCUUUAACAUUCACAGAUGAUGGAGUGGUUCCCUGCUGAAAAGCCAAAACCAGGCCCUUAACCACUUAGGUUUAUUAGAAGAACCAGUAUGAGACCAGCAGAGAGACUGGAGAUGGUGGUAGAGAAGCCUUAAUUGGAGUUGUACCUAACGUGAGUCUGCGUCUUCUCUUGGGAUGAAAAUAGAGUGCAGGAUGUAUGGUGGCCUUUGUGAGAUGAGUUGCAUUCUUUUCAGCUCCCGCUUCAUGUCUUUGUCAGUAGUGUGAGUUACCAGAAGCUGUAGCCUAGGGAAAGUUUCUUAAGAACAAGACAGAUUCUUUCCUGAGUUCAUCAUAAUAUGGGUUGUUGUGUUUGGGGAAUGACCACAGUUUUAAAGAUCUAAUUAUGCAUAAAACGGGAAUUAUUGGAAUUUCACAGUAACAGAUUUAAGAAGUCUUAAAUUGUGUAUCUCCUUUAUUGUAAUGUAUUGAAAAUUUUAGAGAAACCUUAGUUAACAUUUUAUUAAGUGCCAAUGUCAAAAUAUAACAAAUUACAGUUUCUUAUGAGUUACAGGCCUAUAGUUAUUAUUUUGGAUAAUUUGAUGAAGGAAUCUUAAUCCACUGGUUACUUGUAGUUGAUAGUCGAGCUGUGAAAUAAGGUGGAUUACAAAGAUGUGAAAAAAUGUCUUAGCCUGUAGACUCGGUCAUUUCCUACCAGUUACAUAAUCUUCUCAUCCAGAUGUGAAUUAGAUACCAUUAUUAAUUCAAGUCAGAGUCUUGGAUUAGGUAUUAGGUGCCAGAGGAGCCUUUAAUAUAAUUUCCUGCCUGAAUCUAUGUGUGUGUAUUGUCUACAAAGAAAUAAUUUAUGAGGAAAAGGAAAAGUUGGGAAUGAAUGAAUACCAUGAAAAAUUCCCAAAGCUAGCACUUCCAUUCUAACAUAGUAUUCAUUAGUUAUGGAAAGUUUGUCAUUUAUUUUUUAAUUAGCAAAUCAUACGCCAGCUAUAUACAUAAAUAUAUUACAUUAUCAGAUCUAGCAUUUCAUAGUAAAAUUUCCCCUGAGUUCUGUUGCAGACCUAGAGAAAGCUAAGGACAGAACUUAAUUUGCUGAAGUGUAAUUACCUUGUUUUUAGUGGGAACUUCGGUCCUGUGCCAGAGGACUUUCUGGUACUGAAUUCUGAGACAAAAGAUAGAGGGCCAGUCACAGUGGCUGGCUCAAGAGACAGUCGCAGACACUUUGGCCAGCUUCCAUGGUUCCUCAUACCUGCUUUUAACAUUUCAGUGUCAAAGCGUUAUUUCCACACAGUAGCCACUUCUUUUCUUAGGGUUCUUUUUCUUUCUGUCUUUUUCUGGGUUUUUUAAUUUUGUUUUUCUUCUUUUCUUUUCAAAGAAUGGGGAUCAAACAACCAGAAACACACUUUGGUAAGCCAGAUGUUUGUUUUAAAUUUCAGACAGUACAUUGAAGGGAAUUAAGAAUACUAAGUACUUCGCUGUCCUUUCUCCACACCUACACAUACGUACACAUAGAAAUCCACACUCUUGCCCAGAGUAUGUUAGAGCAUUGGAUUUCCUUUUCCUGUGGAAAUGGUUAUCACACCAGGAUUUUAGAAGGUUAGAAUAUUUUUUCAGGAGAACAGAUGGUACUCAAAACAAUGAAAGGUGGUCUCUUAACUCUUUCUGUAUUUCGUUACUUAAAAUUUUUAUUUUAUCCAAGAACUGCAAGUAACAUUUGAACCAUGCUGCUGUUGUACCUUAAACAAAACUCAGUGGUGACCAGUGUUUAGUCUAUUAAAACACUCUCUUUGAAAAAAAAAAAAAAGUUUGAAAGUCUCUGAUUAGCCAGAGUACGGUAUAGGUCUUUGCUGAAACAGAUAACGGACCGCCCAUUUUCUUUGGGAAAUGCAGGUGUGGGUGUGAUGUGUGUGUUCUAUUUGCAUUGAAACAAUGUACUUUUGUGUCUCCUUUUUGCUUUUCCUGACUUAUUUCAGAAAUUGUAUAGUCUUUGGGGGGAAAGUCUUUUCUGUUAAUAUAUUUACAGUUCAUUAAAGGAUAUGGAAAGUCCAAAUAAAUUACUUUUGAAAGCAAUUUAUAAUCAAAGUGUUAAAGCUGUGCAUCCGCAUCUGAUCCUGAGCCACAGCGGUGCAGUGAUGAAAGUCGGUGUCAUGUUCUGCCAGAGCUGGGACGAUGUUUCUCUAGUUUUUACUUACACUCUUUUUAAUAUAUAUCUAUAUUAAAGUUCAUACCCUUUUUAGUAUUAUUUGGAAUUUCAAAAUAAAUAUUAUGAUAAAAACAA